UUGUCCAUCAUAAAAAAAAAAUAUUUAAAAAUUAUGUAAAGUCAUUAUAAAAUGAAAUAAUAUAUAUUUAAUAAUGUUGGUGUUCAGAUCUCACCUGCAUUGGGUUUUGUUGUAGGUUUCUGGUGACUUUGACCUCUAACCUGCUUCUCCCUAAUUUGGUCUUGAGAUGCUUCAAGCUUAUUUGUGUAAGAGAUCCUUGUACCAGUGUGGUGUCGAGUCUACUGCACUCCAAUGCCUAAGUACAAGAUGCAUAGGUAGACAGAAAGCUAAAAGAGGAAUGAAAAAGCAGAGGCAGGCACUGAUAUGGCCGAGGAAGGUGAAGGAGCAGGUGACCGUUGUACCAGAAUUGGUUGGGGAGAGAGAGACGCCACGGUGGCUGCUACGUCAGCUCCACGUUGGCUGGUUCCACCUGCUGUUGAAGCCAAUGUGUCAUCCUUGUCAUGGGUUAAUUCAAUUAAGUACAAAAGAAGAAUAUGAUGGACGUUUCUAGCACUCGAGGUUGCAAGGUGUCAGUCCAGAUCCAGCUUGAUUAUUUCGUUUAUAUUCACUAGCUUGAUUGGUCAACCCAAACUUUGAGGCAUUGCCAUUUACUUUUUGGGACAUGCGUUUCCUAUACCUCCUCUCGAUACUAUGUGGAUUUAGGCCCACUUGUGAGUUUUAGGUCUU